AUGGAGCUGAAGUUACCCUCAGACAAGAUCAAGAAGAUCAAGUCCGAGGCGAAAAGUCUACUGCAAGCAGAUGCCUUGACGGCGUUGGCAGUUUCCAGAUUUCUGGGCAAACUGAACCAUGCAGCCCAAGCAAUCGCUGCGGCACCAUUGUUUUACAGACACCUGCAGAGGUGUCUACAAGUGUCUCUCGAGGAGGGGAAUCAAGAGUACUCACAUCCUUCCCAUCUGUCACCAGAUGCCAGAGAGAAACUGACAUGGUGGAUGGAUCACCUGUCUCACAAGAACGGGAAACAACUCCUGUUGGCGAAGCCGGACAUGGUGAUAGAGACAGAUGCAUCCACAAUAGGCUGGGGAGCAUCUUUCAAUAAUAUUCGAACAGGCGGACCAUGGUCCCCACAGGAACGACAUAUGCACAUCAACUGCCUGGAAUUACUGGCGGCAUCCCUUGCGAUCAAGAGCUAUGCCAGGGAUGCUACAGAUGUUGUGAUCCAUCUAAAGAUGGACAACACGACUGCCCUGACUUACAUCAACAAACUGGGAGGAACCGUAUCACCGGAACUCAACCGGUUGACGAAAGAGCUCUGGGUGUGGUGCUUUCAGAGGAAUAUCACUCUCAAAGCCUCUCAUCUCGCGGGUUCGUUGAAUGUGAUUGCCGACGAGGAAUCCCGAGUGAUGAAAGACAGAUCGGACUGGAUGCUAUGCCCGAAAAUCUUUCAACGGAUAAACUCGAGAUUCGGCCCACUGGAUGUGGACCUCUUUGCCUCUCGACUGUCCCAUCAACUCCCACAGAAUGUGAGUUGGAGACCCGACGCAGUAGCAAUAGCCACAGAUGCCUUCACAAUGAACUGGAAAGUUUCGAACGGCUAUGCCAACCCACCUUGGAACUUGAUAGGCAAAGUCCUGCAACAAAUCCAACAACAGAAUGCAGAGAUUGUGCUUGUGGCACUGGUAUGGCCGAGCCAAGUGUGGUACCCAAUGCUAUUGGACAUGCUGAUCCAAGAGCCUUGCCUCAUAACGAGCUCCAGAAGCCCGAUCCAACCAACUCACCCAGUCAACGAGCCGGAGAUAAACCCACCCCUAGCCGUGUGGAAUAUCUCAGGUCAAGAUACUCAGCAGAGAACCUUUCGGGAGAGGCUUCAAAACUUCUCCUCGCAUCUUGGAGACAGAAGUCUGCAAAAACUUAUGAUUCCCUCUUUAAGAAAUGGGCAUGCUGGUGUGUCGAAAGGGACAUUGAUCCCAUUUCGGGAGAUAUAG